AUGUCCGGGAAUGAUAUAAGAGACCAAGCAGCCCCUGCUGAAAGAGAGGGGGGGGGGAGGGGACCUCAGAGCGUUGGACGUCACAUCACAAAAUUCAAGCGUGGUACCGACGUGGCCGCAAGGCAUGGAAACAAAUUCUACGCCAUGUGGGAAUCCUCAAACACCGGUUUCGACACAUCUGAUGUUUGA